AUGGCACCUAAACGACAUGCAGAAGUCGUAGACCUCACUGCUGAUGACGCGCCUGAUGGCUCAUCAUAUCGCGCACCCAAGCAAUCGCGCACAUUGUAUAAUGGAGCCCAACGAGCGACCAACAGCUCAUCGCAAGAGAACAUGACCCCCGGUGACAUGUGGGAUUACGAUGAUGAAUUUGAAGAACAUGAUGCCUCACAGGAAGCCCCCGAUGCCACCCAAGGGUACAGCCAGGAGCAUUACAACUACCUAUUGUACGGCGCUUUAGAUGACAAGAUUGUCGGCGUGAGAUACUACAAUGGAUAUGCCACCGAAGGAGAAACAGUGGUGCUUCGCAGAGAACCACACAACCAGUACGAUGCAAACGCCAUCCGUGUCAAUAAUGUUCAAGAAGAGCAAAUUGGUCAUAUUCCAAGAGGGCUGGCAGCCAAGCUGGCGAAAUACAUGGACGAUCGCAGUCUGCUGAUUGAAGCCCAAAUCACGGGACACAAAGGUUACUACGAGUGCCCCAUUGAGCUCCUACUCUACGGAACAGACGAUCCCAUACAGCGACAGGAGCUCAUGGCUCGGAUGAAGAAGGAUAGAUUACCCGUCGGACGUGCGUCUGAACGGCAACGCAGGGAGGCUGCGGAGAAAAAGGAGCAAGAGCGCAGAGCUAAAGAAGCUGCCAAACAAAUGAAGAAGAAGGCACAGCGGAUUGAAGGUCCAGAGAUCAGCAUGGCCGAGUUUGCUGCGGGCUUGUCGCAGGGUGUUCCUUCAUUGACGGGACCUAGUCUAGAGGAUAUCAUUACCGGCAGCGAGAGAUUUAAUCCCAGAAAUAUUGAGGAAUUUGUCGAAGAAUUUGGAGUCAAAGAAGAGGAUCUUGCUGCGAUGCCUCAGGCACCCCAACCCAAUGCUCUCGUCACCGAACUGCACCCUUUCCAAUUGCAGGGUCUGCAGUGGAUGCUCGACAAGGAGAGUCCCAAACUUCCUACUAAGGAAGGCAAAAGCGUUGUUCAGCUUUGGCGUCCUCAUACUAGCGUACCCAAUGUCUAUACAAAUGUCGCAACAAGCUUCUCUGUCAAGAAUCCACCUUUGGCUUCAGGCGGUAUCCUCGCUGAUGACAUGGGCCUAGGCAAGACCAUUCAGACCAUUUCCCUCAUUGUUGCCGAUCGAGAACUUGGUCGCGGUGCCAAAGAUGCAACCGGGGCUACACUGAUACUUGCUCCUGUUUCCGUCAUGAGCAACUGGAGUACACAGAUGGAGCAUCACAUCAAGCCGGAACACGCGCUCCGUGUCAUGUUCUGGCAUGGACAGAAGAAAGAGCCCAUCACGCCCAAGUCCAUUGAGAAUUACGAUGUGGUCAUCAGUACGUACGAGUCCAUAUCCUCUGAUUGGUUUUCGCAAAAGUCGACUUCCCUUCCUCGCAAGUCAGGCCCCUUCUCCAUCAAGUGGCGUCGCGUGAUCCUGGACGAGGGCCACAACAUACGCAACCCCAAAGCAAAGAAGACUGUUGCUAUUUCCAAUCUCAUAGCUCAGUCGCGAUGGUCUCUUACCGGCACCCCGAUUAUCAACAACCUUAAAGAUCUUUACAGUCAAGUCCGCUUCUUGCGUCUCUCAGGUGGCAUCGAAAACUUCGAAGUCUUCCACAGUGCCAUCAUGCGUCCCGUCAUGCAAGGCCACGUCAAGGGUCAGCAGGUCCUCCAAAUGCUCAUGUCCGACAUAUGUCUGCGACGCAAGAAAGAAAUGUCCUUUAUCGACCUGCGCCUCCCACCCCUCACCGAGUACAUCCACAAAGUAAAACUGCUGCCCCAUGAGCAGGAAAAAUACAACGUCCUCGAAGCCGAAGCCAAAGGCCAACUCGACAAGUACCGAAAGAGCAUCGGCAAAAAAGACGCAGCAUCCACAUACCGCCACCUCCUCGAAGUCCUACUUCGCCUGCGCCAAGUCUGCAACCACUGGCAGCUUGUCGGCGAAGAGCGACUCGAUUCGAUUAUGCAGCAGCUCGACGAAAACGGCGCGGUAGACCUCACCGAUGAAAACAAACUCGCACUCCAGAAACUCCUCCAACUCUCCAUCGACUCGCAAGAAGACUGCCCCAUCUGCCUCGACAUGUACAAAGACCCCGUCAUCACCACCUGCGCCCACACCUUCUGCACCCCCUGUCUCGAACGCAUCGUCGAAUCCUCUCAAAAAUGUCCUUUAUGCCGUUCCCCGCUCCCCUCCCUCCUCACCAGCACCGUCAAGCCCGCACAGCACCUCCCUCGCCCCUCAUCCCAAGAAGCCCUCGCCGACAAGUCCUCGUUGGAAACCUCCACCAGCACAAAAAUCACCGCCAUCCUCUCCAUCCUCGACGCCUCCCACACGCGCGAUCCCACCACAAAAACAAUCCUCUUCUCCCAAUGGCCCUCGUUCCUCUCCCUCCUCUCCCCCCACCUAACCGCUGCCUCGUACUCCUUCACCCGCAUAGACGGCUCCAUGCCCCCUCGCACCCGCGACUCCGCCCUCCACACCUUCACCUCCUGCCCCGACACCACCAUCCUCCUCGCCUCCCUAUCCGUCUGCAGCGUCGGCCUCAAUCUCGUCGCUGCCAACCAGGUCAUCCUCGCCGACUCGUGGUGGGCCCCUGCGAUUGAGGAUCAGGCCGUGGAUAGAGUGCAUAGGUUGGGCCAGACGCGCGACACGACCGUUUGGAGGGUCGUGGUCGAGGGGAGUGUCGAGGAGAGGGUGCUGGGCAUUCAGGAGGAGAAGAGACGCGUUGUCGGUGUUGCGUUUGCCGAGAGGGAGGAUGGGGGCAGGAAGAGGAAGAAGAGGGAGGGGGGGUUGGGGGAUUUGGUGAGGUUGUUGGGGGGGACGCAGGAGACGCAGGAGGGUGGGUCGUAG